GCGUUGUCUCACCGCAAGCAAAGAGCGAACUCAACCUCAGCACUGCACUCUGCCUCGAUUGUCGUUGAGCACUGCCUGCUUCUCCCCUGCUCGGUGCAUGCUGCAGCAGUCGACCCAUCGCCGCCGCGUACCCCGCUAAACAACAACACUUGCAGUCACCAUGGCGGACGAAGAUGGCGCGUCUCCCCGCGAGCUUAUCCUCGAAGCGUGUCGCCGCAACAACACGGAUCUGCUGGAAGAAACAAUCGCCGACCUCGCCUCAGCGGCCUCGAAACACGGCAAGCAGCCUGCUGAGCACGUCGCGCGGGUGCUGAACGAGGCACGCGACGGCGUGGGGAACGGGUGUCUGCACGUCGCCGCCACGUACGGGAGCUACGAGGUGCUCGACAUCCUGCUCGACCAGGAGGGCCUCGAGAUCGAGCUGACGGACCGCGUCGAGGGCGACCUGCCGCUGCACAAGGCCGCGCGCUACGCCAACUCGCUGGCCAAAGCCGAGUGGCCCGCCGGCACGCCCAUUGUCGAGAUCCUGCUCGACGCCGGCUGCGAUCCGCGCAAGCGCAACAAGGCCAAGCUGAAGCCGUUUGAGCUGGUCGACCCGCGGAAUACGCAGCUGAGGGAGGUGCUGCGCAAGGGCGAGGUGGCUAUGAUGAUGGGCGGGGAUGUGGUGGAGGAUGAUGGGGGGCCGACGGGGAGCGCGAGUGAUAGUGAUUGAGCGGUGGGUGUGAAGGGGGAACGACGGUAUGGCUAUGUUUCGCAGUGGACGAGCGUGCAAUUUUAGAGCGUGUGCAUAGUUAUACAUGACCCGUAGAGUUGUCUUCCCAAGCACUACUGCGUUGUCUGCGGCGGUUAGUUGCAACCAUUACGUCGCUCGAAUGUCUUAGCGUACGCUGCUGAUG